AUGAGGGCCACUUCGAUUCUCUCAUUACUAUCAUGCCUCGCCUACUCACCAUUGGCCUCGGCAUGGAUAUAUACCUGGCACUCUCCAAAUGAUACGCUGCUUUCUUUUCAGGGGAAUAAGCCCCUGAGCUGCAAAUCAAUGAACAACCCCAUUGGCAAUGUGUUCAACUGGGAGCCCCAAGAUGGGCACUGGUGCAUUUUCAUGUACUCAAAUUCAGAUUGCGAUAACGAAAAUGUUGGCUAUACAUGCAAAGAUUGGGAGUGGGCGAGUCAUCCUCUGACGAAUAAUACUUCUGUGUUCCUCGCCACAUCCACAUCGUCAGCAUCAGCGACCAAGACUACUACCUCCGAAUCAUCUACAGCAACCGGUGCCACCUCCACCACACCCUCUGCCGCCACCGCCACAGCGACCAGCGAGCCAACAGGCUCAGAUAGCAAGGCUGGUCUAUCGGGUGGUGCGAUUGCAGGAAUAGUGGUGGGAGCUUUAGCAGCUGUGGCUAUUGCUGGCAUUCUUCUCUUCUUUUUGUGUUGGCGACGACGAAAGAACAAUGCGCAGAACAUCGACGAUACCCGAACAGAAUCAGCAACGGGCAUGGUGGAGCUUUCUAAUUCUCACCCCGAGGAAGAAAAGGCAUCCAUUUCAGAAAAGCCUCGAUCUCGACAGGAGACUCUACGGGAACUCAAGGGAUCGACCGCUGCGUCGGAGAUGGGGCCUGGGACCGAGAGGCACGAACUUCAUUCACCUGUCGUGGAAAGACAUGAGCUGUAUACGGAGAGAUAUGAACUAGAUUCGACACAUCUCGACGUAGAGAAGAAAUCUUGA